GGACUCGCGAGAGAGGUCUACGCCCGUGCACGAGCUAUGUACGUGAUUUACCUUGCGCCUCUCUUCCCUCCCCGUGGAUAUCGCCCGUGGGCCCGUGAGCUUGGCGUGAUCGGGUAGCGUUUCGAAAGUCGGCACCGCCGUCUUUACUCCGAUGCAUCGUCCAUCGUCCUCGCGCGCGCGCGCGAAUUCCAUCCGUCCGGACGAAAAAGAACGACCGUCGGUCCUUAAUUCGGCGAUAAAACUUCGGUUUCAAUUGCGAUUGGGAGACCCGGACGUGCACCCACCGCGCGAGCACUCUCCCGACUGCACGGGGUCCGCAUCUCAGAACGCACGGACCAACGAACAUCGAUAUAUAUCGAUUGGCCUACUGGAUCGCGGAUUCGUUCACGCCGCUUGUUGUGAUUUUUGCGCACUUCGUAUAAUGAGACACGCGCGCGUUUUUGUAGCUCAGAAAGAACGGGAGAAUGACGAGAGGAAAGUAGAGAACGACGAGUCGCGGCUUUGUCGUUGCGUGAAGUUGGCCGCGUUGCUAUGCACUGUUGCUACGCUAAACAACAACCCGUGCGAAGACAUUUCACGCGUUUCGCCGCCAUUUGCGAUGUUUGCUCGUUUGUUUCCUCGUUCUCGAACGGACUCUUCGGUGCUGAAAGCUCAAUAAUUGCCUGGUGAUAGCAGCAAAAGAGCGGACGCGAUCCCAGAUUUUCCAGAUUCGAGAUUUCCUAAUAUUUUUGUCUUGGCGUGUGUUGUUCUUCUGGCGCGUAAAUAUGACUUGGGUUUGUUUUUAUUUUACAGAGAUAAGGUUUUUGUUGUGAGCCCAAGUAUUAAAUAUUAUAGUAUUGA